UCUCUAUUUUUCCUUUCCCCCAAAAAAUAAAAAGCACACCUUCAUUCGUUCCUCUUUCUUUCUUCCAACUCUAUAAAUAUCAAUCAAAAUUCCCCUCCACACUCAUUCUCCCAUCGUUUUCCCUUUCUCUCUCUCAUUCUCUUCUCCAUCGCGCGUAAGAAACACAUUUUAGUUGCUACUAAUGGGAACUGUUGAAGCUGCAAACAAGGAUGCAAAUGGAAGUCUCCUAGAGAAAAAUCCUUCAGUUGUUUUUGUGUUAGGUGGCCCAGGAAGUGGAAAGGGUACCCAAUGUGCAAAUAUUGUCCAAAAUUUUGGGUAUACUCAUCUCAGCGCUGGUGAUCUUCUGCGAGCAGAAAUCAAAUCUGGUUCUGAAAAUGGUACAAUGAUUCAGAAUAUGAUUAAAGAAGGAAAAAUUGUUCCCUCUGAGGUAACAAUUAAGCUCUUACAAAAAGCAAUGCAGGAAAGUGGCAAUGACAAAUUUCUUAUUGAUGGUUUUCCCCGCAAUGAGGAAAACCGGGCAGCAUUUGAGAAAGUGACAGGAAUAGAGCCAGCAUUUGUCUUAUUUUUUGAUUGCCCUGAGGAAGAGAUGGAGAGGCGACUUCUUAGUAGGAACCAGGGUAGAGAAGAUGACAAUAUUGAAACAAUAAGGAAGCGGUUUAAGGUUUUCUUGGAGUCUAGUCUUCCCGUGAUUAAUUAUUAUGAUGCAAAGGGAAAAGUUCGCAAGAUUGAUGCUGCAAGACCUAUCGAAGAGGUAUUUGAGACAGUCAAAGCAAUUUUUGGUCCAAAGAAUGACAAGGCUGAUUGAGCAUGUUCAUCUUGACUCCAUGGUGGAAAUUUAGAGGUCAUAUCAGUAUUGGUGGCUUGUUCUAUUGUGUCACAUUUUGUUAUUAUAGUAUAGAAAAUCGUAGUUUAUACCUGAGGGUUUUACCUCUGUAUUCUAAUGUUAUAUCUUGUUGACUCAUUCAUUGAUAUUGCAAUAAAGAUUUUCGUGUGGGAUUCUUUCUA